CGUUGCUACGGACGCCUGACUCGUCGCUAACAGGAAAGAGGAAAACUACUUCCAGGUUAAGAGAGUAACCGGUUAUCCACGUGAAUUAUCAGAGGAUACAAAACGGAUUCCGAUGAGGACGUGAUCUUUGUUUCUGAAAAGUGUGCACGUAAAUCCAAUGAGAUUAUCGUUGACCAGGCAAAGCGACUGGCCUUGCAAAGAGACAUUGAUCAGCAGUCCCAGCCCAGACAGCUAGCCAAACCCUUGACAAGCCAGGGGUCUGUUGCUGUGGAGAGGCGAGUGGAAAGGGAGAAAAUGGAGACGGGGCAAGCAACGAGUGAGGAUCAUUUUGCAAAGAAGGAGAAGAAACACAAGAAAGGACAAGUCUCUCUGCCUAAAAAGAAAAACUUUACCGUUGAUGAUGGGAUCCUAGCAGAGGUGAAAAAAGAAAAGAAGAAGGGUAAAACAGUAGAUGUUAUUGUUAUAGAUACAGAUAAGGAGUCUUCUGAUGGAGGUGGUGAAAAGGAAGAGAAGAAAAAGAAGAAGAAGAGGAAAAUUGUCACUGAAUCUCUGACUGAUGGCAAUGGUUCUGAUGUUAAUAAUAAAAAGAAAAAUGGCAAAGCAGUCAGCAAAAAGAAGAAGCAGCAGCAGCAGCUGCUGGCUGAGAAUCAAGUGGAAACUGAACAGUUCGGUUCGGUAAAAGAAGAAGUGGAAAAGAAACAGAGGAAGAAGAAGAAAGUAAAAAACAAGUCUGAACAAAUAAAACCAGAAAAUGUAAAGAUGGAGAAAGAGGAGGAGGACAAAGAGAAAGCUGAAAAGAAUAAAUAUCCAAAGAAAGCCAAGAAGGGAAAACUCAUUAUAGUUGUAAAUACAGAGGAGAAGCAAAUUAAAGAAAAGAAGAAGAAAAAGAAAACUAUUGAUGAUGACACAACAAAAGCUAUGGAUGGAGUUAGUGUGACAAAAAAGAAAAAUCCAGCUAAAGUGAAAGUGGCUGAGAAUGGAGGGAAGUUAGAAACACCAAAGCGAGAGACUGGUGAGGUUGAAGAGGUAAAGGUGAAAAACAAGAAGAAAAAGGAAGGCAAAACGGUGGAGAAAGACAAUCUGCCCAACAAGAAGAAAGACAAAUCCACAGAGAGUGAGAUUAUUAUCAUCGACGAAGGGGAGCUAAAGAAGAAAGGGGGAGGGAAAAAGGGCAGAAAAGCUUAUGUGGAGGUCAGCGAAGAGACAGAGCCAAAGAAGAAGAAAAGGAAAAAGGGAGAACGGGAAGAACCAUUAGUAAUAAAAUGUGAAGAAGUUGAGGAGCAGAGUAGUGAAACAGGAAAGAAGAGCAAAAGGAAGAAGAGCUCCAAUAAGGAGGGAACAUCGGUGGAGGCUGUGAGUUCUGGAACUGGUGCAAAGAAGAACAAGAAGAUUAAAGAAGAGGUGGAAGACCAACAGGAGUCACCCCACAAGGACGUGGUCUUUCUGUCAGAGAAGACUGGAAACACAGAUGAAGUCACCAUCAACCAGGAAAGAAGACAGGCUUUACAAAUGGAGAUUGACAAGGCCUCUCAACCUGAAAAACCAGCCAAACCUGCAACUCUCGGCCAGUGGAGCACCGCCCAGUUUGACAGCUCUGAUCAGCAGCAGAAGUUCCUCCGGUUGAUGGGCGGCUUCAAAAAGGGUUUCCAGCCGGCCACGGGAAACGGUGGUAAAGCAAAUAUGGCGCUGGGGAAGGACGCACAGCAGCAGUUGCAGCAAGGGCUUCUGGGAGAGUUUGAACGCGCUCAAUCGCGCAGACUGGACUUUAGUAACAGAGGGUCAGGACUUGGGUUCACGGCACCACCCAAAAAUAAGUUCUCCAUUGACAUCAAUACAUGUCGAUCAGUUCGCUUUGAUGAUUAAUUCACGUGUGUGUAUAUAAUGGAAAUGUGUGUGAUUGGACAAGUUGUUUUUUAUGUGUAGUUAUAACUGUAGAUUUUGCACACUUGACUGUUUGUUCGGGUCCACUGGGAAAUCUACAUCUCACAACAGAAAUCAGAGACCGAACACGCAGCACAAAAUGCCAUAUGUACAUUCUGUAUAUUAAACAUCCUUACUGAUUUA